UUUUAUACCAAACCCUACAUAGUUUUAACCUUAAAUUUUUUUAGAAUGAUACUAGUUAGAAUAUAGCUGUGAAUAGUUUGUCAUUAACGAUACUAAUAAGGCUCAAAUAACUGGCAAAAUUGUUUUUUGUUUUUAACUUUAAGAGUAGGCUGAGACUGAUCAUGACACAUUGACAGGGAGUCUGAGAAGUAACCAGAUUGCCGACAUUGUUUAGAAAUGGCUGUUAGUCAGUACAGUACAUGUCCCCACAUCACCAUUGUGGGAGAUUAUACCAAAGAAGACAUAAUUAAAAAACAAGAGUUAAACAGGUGUGAUUCAUGUUUGAUUCCUGGACCAUAUCUUUGGGUCUGUUUACAUCGUGACUGUUUGUACGUGGGUUGUGGAGAAGCUUCAGUUGACCACAGUAGCAAACACUUCAAGGAAAAACCUGAUCAUUCUUUGACGCUAAACUUAACAACUCUGCGUGUGUGGUGUUAUCUGUGUGAAUGUGAAGUAUUCCUAGAAAAUAAUGAUCCACCACUGCCAGGAAUGAUUACUGGUCCAAUGCGACAUAUUUCUUCCAGUAAGGUAUAUGUAGCUGAUCCUGACACUGAUGAUGAGGAAGAUGAUGAUGGGCAAAAUUUGAAACCACGAGGUCUAACGGGGUUGCAGAACCUUGGAAAUACUUGCUAUAUGAAUUCUGCCAUUCAAGCCUUAUCAAAUUGUCCUCAGCUGACCAAUUUUUUCCUGGACUGCACUUCUUCUGUGCGAUCAGACAAAAAACCAAAUUUGGCAAAAAGUUACAUGAAAUUGGUGAAAGAAAUGUGGCACAAGAAAAGGCCUAGCUACAUUGUCCCUUCUUCUGUGGCAUAUGGGAUUAAAAUGGUGUUUCCUGUAUUUAGAGGCUAUGGGCAACAGGAUGCCCAAGAAUUUUUACGAUGUGUAAUGGAUCAGCUUCACGAGGAAUUAAAAGAACCCACUUUUGAAGUAGAUAGCAAUGUUUCUUCUGAUUGCAAUGAUGAUUAUGAUAGCUGCCAAGGAGAAGGACCGUUUGGUCGUCUAGAAGAUUCAAGCCAGUCAGAAGCUGAGUUUGAAACCUGUGAUUCAGGACUGAGCAGUGAGAAGAGUUCAUGUAAUGAUGAAAGUCCAGAGGCACGAGACUUUGUUGUUGCAGAGGAAGAUGUGAAAGGGAUACCCUCUGGAGUUGAUUAUAAUGGAGCAAGUUUACAACAGGUUCAACUGUCACUUAAUUUUCAACCAACCAGUGACCAAAGAGAUCAACAAGAAAACAACAGAGAAGGAAAUGAAACUGCCAGUGUUUCUCAGCAGGUCUCAACCCCAGAAGAAAAACGUAGCUUAGGAGCUGGUGACUGGGAUCGAGAAACCCCAUCCACAGAAACAGCAGAAGGACACUUCUUUCAGGAAAAAAAGCCUCCACCCAUAAGUCAGAGAAGCAAUCGUUCAUCAGAGCAGAGAAGACAAAGCAAUCAAGGAAUCUACUUGGGAAAAUUACAGACAGGAGCUGGAACUCGAAGUCAUGGACAGUAUGGUCAGAGAGAGAGGCUUUCUCCACCACCUCAGGGAUAUAGCUAUGGCAGUAAACCUCCUGGAAAGAGAAAAAAAUCUGUAAUUUAUCGCAGUGUUAUCUCAGAUAUUUUUGAUGGGAAAAUCCUGAGUUCGGUACAGUGUCUUACAUGUGAUACGGUUUCAACAACAAAGGAGACAUUUCAGGAUUUGUCUCUACCCAUUCCAGGUCGUGACCACAUUUACAUGCUACAUUCCUCCCUCAGUAACCAACAGAAAGGUGUUGUUGCAUGUACAGAUGCAUACAACAGUAAAGGCUGGUUCAACUGGUUGUUUGGGUGGGUGCUUAGCUGGUUUUGGGGCCCGACUGUCAGUUUGCAGGAUUGUCUAGCAGCUUUCUUCUCUGCAGAUGAACUGAAAGGAGACAAUAUGUACAGUUGUGAAAAGUGUAAGAAGCUUCGAAAUGGGAUUAAAUACUCCAAAGUUCUACAGUUACCCGAGGUUUUAUGUAUUCAUUUGAAACGUUUCCGUCAUGAGGUGAUGUUCUCUUCCAAAAUUAGUAGUUUUGUGUCUUUCCCAUUAGAAGGCCUGGAUAUGUCACCCUUUCUUCAUAAAAACUGCCCAAGAGAGACCACAACCUAUGAUCUUGUUGCUGCCAUCUGUCAUCAUGGAACAGCUAGUUGUGGACACUAUACAGCAUAUGCUCUGAAUUAUCUUAAUGACCAGUGGUAUGAGUUUGAUGAUCAGUAUGUUACAGCAGUAGACCCUCAGGUUGUUAAAAACUGUGAAGCUUAUGUCUUAUUUUACAGGAAAUCUUCGGAAGAAAUAGUUAAAAAGCGACAGCGAGCAGUAGAAUUAAUGGAAAGGAGCAAAAAUGAGGUGUGUGGUGGAGAGACAAUAAAUCCUGGUCUGCUGCACUUCUACAUUUCUAAACAAUGGGUUAACAAGUUCAACACCUUUGCAAAUCCUGGACCAAUCAGCAACUCUAAUUUUCUCUGUCCCCAUGGAGGUGUACAUCCGAGCAAAGCCUCUUUUGUGGAAGAACUGUGUACAGUCUUGUCUCAGUCAGUAUGGGAAUAUUUGCAUGAUACUUUUGGUGGGGGGCCAGCCUGCACCCAUCUAUACGUGUGUCCUUGUUGUUUAGCAGAUCAAGAAAACUUGGACCGUCGACGUACACAGGAACAUGACACCUUUGUAACUCUGAACAAGGAGUUCCAAUCUCUGGAGUCCCCAACUGUGGUAUACGCCAUCAGUAUGAGUUGGUUUAAACAGUGGGAAAGUUUUGUUCGAGCUAAAGAAAGUGAACCACCUGGCCCAAUUCAUAACUCUCCAAUUUGUGUAAUGAGGAAUAACCAACCCACCCUUAAAGCAGGUUCGGACUAUGGUUCCCUGUCAGAAGAGAUGUGGAGAUUUCUUUUGAGCACAUAUGGUGGAGGUCCUGAGAUCAUCCUCCAACAGAAUAUUCUCACCAUGCCAACAGCAGCAGCUCCUGUCGUUUCCCGAUCUGUAGGUUCAGGCUCAAUGACAGGAGUAUAUAGUUCCCCCUCUCUUUCGACAAAAGUAACCAUAUCUAGUCAAGUGGCUUAUACAGGAUCAUCUCCCUCUCUGAAUACGCCGCUAGCCACUGUCCGGCUCUCGGGCAAAAGGAAAACAAUAAGUAACGUUUCACUUGUUACACAAGAUGGUGUGGAUACAGAAACGGAAAAAGUCGAAGAAACUGAAAAUGUUUAAUGUAGGAAUAGUAUAAAGAUUUCACUUUAAAUUUAAUUUUUUAACUUAAAUUAUUCCCUAAUUAAUUUAUUUAUUUCAAAUCCUAAAAAUUUGGGGGAGGUUGAACUGUCAAAAUAAUAUUGUAAGAUGUAACACAGAGACAAAAGUAAUUUUCAAAAUGCUUACUACAUUAUUCAGGUUAAAGCAAACCAUUAAAAUGUAAGUCUUCACCUAAACUAAACAGAUAUAGAUUGUGUUGAAAAUGUUAAUGACUGUCACAUUUUUUGUGGGUAAAAUAAGUUAAUAAUUCAACUUAGGUUGUUUGACAGUAUUAAUUCUCAACAAAUUAGUCUUCAAGUUAAUCAAUUAAACCUGUUUAAGUGUCUAACCUGUCACAUGAUAGUCAUUGUUAUGUUGAACAUUUUUCUUAAUGUUUCUUUUAAAUUUUAAAAUUACUGUAUAAACUUACUAAAACUGUUUUACAGAAAAAUGUCCUUAAGAAAUGUUAUUGUAUUUCUAUUGUUGCUAUAUUUAUAAUGUUCAAAAUUAUCCAUUAAACAAGACUUCUUUACAGUAAAGAUCUUAAUGAGAAUUGUUGUUAGCAUUUUAAUAUGUGUCGCUACAAAAUGAAGAAUAUUUUAAAUACAUUAAGUAUUCUGUUAGCUUGUUGAUACGUUUUUGAUCAUAAUGUAAAUAUGUUUUUUCCAUAGUUGUAUACUCUUCUACCAUAAAAGAUGUGUUUUUCAGGCAUGUUUUUUCUUUCAUUCUCAACUUUAUGACUGUUUGCUUUCCUUUUUGAAUUAGAAAGCAUGAUAAUUAAUCACUGUUGUGUGUAACACACCAUAAACCACAUAAAUUCAUGUUAGUGUGAUAAGAAUUACAUCUAACGCUAUAAAUCUAUCAAUAGAUUUUUAGAAUGUUUAUUAAUAUCAUAAAAGUGUGAUCAUUAAUGUUUAACAUUGGGAAUUGUCAUAUGGAACCAUAUACAGAAUUGUAGAGUGUGAAUACAACUUGUUGCUGAUCAAGUUGUAAUUGGUAUUAGUAGAUAAGGAUGAACUUGUACUUUAUUAAAUUUGAGUUAAAAUUAUA